GGGAGGGGAGCAGGGCUCGGGAUCGAAACUAAGGGGGGGAGUCGGGGGGGGGGGGGGGGCAUGGGGUUGGCGUCGGGGCUACUGAGGGAAGUCGGGGUUGGUUGGGAGGGGAGCGGGGCUCGGGAUCGGCACUUGACACCGCCAGAGCACAACUGCAAUCCGGCGGAAGCAGACAAGACCAAGGAGGACAUCACCAUGAUCAUUGCGCAGCUCAUUGCAAUGUGCAAUUGGCAGCAGCAGGAGCUGCAGCGCUUGGCGUGGGUAAUUGACAGCAACCGGGACCAGCAAGAUGACACCAACUGCGUCGCCACAAUCAGCAACCUUGGCACGUUCGCGGAACCAGCAACGAUCAGCCAACAGCUUACAACGUUGAAGGCUGAUGUCCGAUUACUGCAGCAGCAACCUGCAAGCAGCAGCCACCCGCUUCCGCUCAAGAUGCCGAACUUCCGCAUUGAGAAGUUUGACGACUACACGAAGACCGAUCCGCUCGCUUGGUGGCAAGGUUUCACCACCGAACUUGGACUUCGCGAAGUCCCCGAGCGCCUCAAGAUUGCAGCACUCUACCUCAAUUCCACCGGUGCGGCCCGAGUAUGGCUUAAUCUCCUAGCGGUCAAGGAAGGGGUCAAUGUGGAGAACCUAGACAGCAAGCUUAAUUGGGACGCCAUUACUGCCCAGUGGAAAGCACACUUCAUCGUGCAGGACACCAAGGCGAGAGGCAUCAACCAACGUUUCAAGAUGCACACUUUGGCAAAGUUGAAGUUCCAUUGUUGUCCAGUUCUGUCACUUGCUCAUGCAUGUCAUCAGAUUUGCAAUGAUCAGCACCAGCAGAUCCAAGGUUCUGUGGCCAGUGACAUAAGAGAUAGUUUGACUUCGGAGGUCAGGAGAACGGCGUAUCUGGUCUUCAGUGGUGCAACAGAUGGGACAAUCGCGGUAUGGGACGUGACAAAGGAAGUCCGUUGGUUUGCAGACAAUUUCCAGGACCUGGUGCUCCUCAAGGGCACGUUGGUAGCACCCAGACCAGUGAGUGGAAGGGGAAGUGGAGGUGGGGGUGGACGACGGAGGGUCAUGAGGCUGGACAGUGUCGGGGAAUCGACUGCAGCAGGCAGCAAUGUAGGAAAAAGACAUAGAAAGAACAAAGGCAAGCUCCGUGAUGGAAAUGGCUUUAGCGAGUCUACGCCGAUUCUCACUGAAGGUCGCAUGGAGUUUCAUUCGACAAAAGCUGAACAAAUCAGCAUAGGAGGUCGAGAAAAAGCCUGUGAGGAAGGACCGACUAUGUCAGCUGGCUUUGCAGAAACAAGCGCUGAGAAACCAGCAGAGAUUCCAAACUCUGAGAGACCAAAUGUGGAUCCUAGGUGCUUGUGCUGUAGCGACAGCAAAGAGUGCAUUGAAGAGCUUUUGAGGAGUUCCAUUGAAGAGCAAAGCAAGGAUAACGAGGAGGACGGAGAAGCAGAGAUCAGAAUGCAAAGAGUGCAGCUUGUGAAGAAGGUGCCAGCAGUUGUGCUGCCCGUUUCUGUGAUAUCUAGAGCCCAUCAGUCUGGUGUCAAUUGCCUCUCUCUUGGGUGUUGCAACAGAAGUGAUGGAAGGAAGCAGGAGAGGAGAACACACUGCACCUUUGGAUAUGGCAGUCUUGACAGCAAGGCGGUCCACAGAAUGCUUGAGAACCGUUCUGCACUUGCGCAAUUGGCAGUUGAGGGAGCAGUGAAGCAAAGCUGCAAGGCCCUUGAGCAAGAUGCAGACGACAGGGUUUACAUGCUUGUUACAGGGGGUGACGAUCAGGCGAUACAUGUGGCGUGUUUCCGUUGCGAGUUCACCAGCUAUGCUGAACAGGGAAACGUCUCCUGGUGGGAAUCAGAUGGCUAUGACGAAAGAGCUGGAACAAGCAGCACAGUUGCACACAAAAAUCGAUCUUCUGAUGAGGAGCUCUCUUACAAAGACGGACAACAGGAAGGAAGGAGCAGUGGCAAAAUAACAUGUGCAAGUUCAACAAUCAUCAAAAGCAAGAAAAUUACUCAGGAGGAAGAAGAGCUGACGUCCGGUUCAUCUGAAGGUCUCUUCGUGAAAGUAGUCUUCUUGGGGCAGGAUAUGCUUACCGAAGCUCAUUCUUCAGCAUUGAAAGGCAUCUGGACUGAUGGGCAGUGGAUCUUCUCGGCCGGUCUGGAUCAACGGCUGCGCUGCUGGGAAAUUGACGCCAGCAUUCCUUGGCAUGCUCCUAAAUUGUGCGAAACAACGAAGAGUGACAAUGAGAGCCGUACAUCCAAAACUGAAGAUACUAGUAAACAGGGUCUUUCAAUGUGUGGUCAGGAAGCACCUGUGUCUGGCCCAGGGAGAGAGACAGCAGAAAAGAUGCCAGUUGUCAGAUGGCGGAAGGAAGUUAAAGACCGUGACAGACUAACAAGAGCACAAGAAGCAGCGAAGCAUGUCGGAUGGUUGAAGGAGCAAGCCUGGUGCAUCUGUGACGUUCCGGAGGUUGCUGGCAUUGAUGUCAACAAAAACCCAGUCAGGGAUUUUUCAGGAGCAGGCACUGUGUUUGAGAUUGCCGUGGUUGGCAGAGGGCUACAAGUCAUCCACUGCAUGACAUGAUCUCUCUCUCUCUCUCUCUCUCUCUCUCUCUCUCUCUCUCUCUCUCUCUCUCUCUCUAUAUAUAUAUAUAUAUAUAUAUAGAGAGAGACGAUAUAUAUAUAUAUACGAUAUAUAUAUAGACGAUAUAUAUAUAUAGAUAUAUAUAGUACAUGUGAAUUUUCUAUGUCUACUGAUUGAUUCUUGUAUUUAACAAAUUUUUUGAGAUCCG